AUGUUACCAGCGGAGCUUGCCCUGGCUAUCGCUGCGCAAGUAGACGAUGUACGCACGCUCGCGGCGAUGGAGCGCGUCUCCCAUCGCUGGCGUGACAUCGUGCGCGCGCCAGGCGUCUGGUAUCGCGCCAGCGAGCACUACGGCUUUGACACGGGGUCGAAGCACGAAUUCGUGCGCGAGUAUGAGAUAUUACGCAAAUACACGCAUGGACCGUCUCCUCGAAGCCUGAACACUCAUGCCGUAGGGACACCUCCCAUGGCUGCCCCCGUGCUGACUUCGAUCGCGAUGUCGAGAAGUCUGGUUGCAUGCGGUACGGAGCACGGCAGGGUUCACAUCUUCGACACGCGCACUGGAGACGUCGUUCAAGUACUGGGCGCACAUGCGGGGCACGGUGCCGACGGUGUCUGGGGAGUUUGGCUGGUCGAUGGUGAAGGUAGCUUUGCGGAGGGAAACACGGCAGAGGCGAAAGUAGCCCCCGAAGGUCCUGGAUCAUCGGCAGUACCGCAAAGUCCGUCAACUUAUGACGGCCCUUCGAGUCGUGGCGGAGAUUGGUUGGAGGACAUGGUGGAAGAUGAGGAGGAUGAACCUCCUGCUCACGUCACGCACGCUCGAAAUUUGAGUUCUUCCUCCCCGCCUACCGAGGCUCGAGCCCUAUACCACCAACGAGCUGCCUAUCGCGAUUCGAGGACGACCCACUGUACACCACACUUUGCAGCCGGAGGGCCGCUUGUGAUCUCCGUCGGAACCGGUCGAGCAGUCAAGAUAUGGGACGUACGCAGUGGGCGCUGCAUACGGAUGCUUCCCGGUCAUACCUCGACAGUCCGUGCCGUCGUCAUGCUGCCUUGUACUUGUGGAAAUCGUGCACGAUCUGGGACUGAUAGCAACUCGAACUACGACGCCGCGCCGCACGUCCUCCUUACCGCCUCGCGCGAUGGUACUCUACGUACCUUCGACCUCCGCGUUGGACGCGCGAGAGCGGUACUAGCGGGGCACUCCGGCGCCGUCCGCUGCGUCGACGCUGACCUCGACUCCCAAGGGGGCGUACGAUGCGUCAGCGGCGGAGCCGAUGGCGCGGUCAGGGUUUGGGCGCCGCUGGCGCAUCCGCCAAGCGGAGCAGUGGCCACAUUAGCACCGUUGCGAACGCUUCACGGCCACCACAGCCAAAUAUACGCUCUCGCAUACUGCGGCGCACGAGGAAUCAUUGCAAGCGGCGGCGCGGAUACGACAAUCCGAGUAUGGGAUGCGGAGAAUGGAACCUGCCUCGCACUACUUCAGGGACACACGGCCCUCGUAUGCCAGCUGUCGCUUUCUCCGCCCUCGCCAUUCCCUAGCGCCCCAAGAAGCGAGGACAAUCACCCGCUGUUCCUUGCGUCGGGAGGCGCUGAAGGACGCGUGAUGUUGUCCUCGCUCGCCGGCAUGGACCGUCCGUCGUCUGGCGCCUCUACGCCCUCUUGCGCCGCUUCCGUCCUCGCCCGUAUCCCCGCGCAUGACCAGUCCAUAACGGCGCUGCAAGUCGACUGGCGCUGGGGCGUGGUCUUCACCGGUGGCGCGGACGGUGCCGCGCGUGUCUGGGAUGUCAGACGCGCACUCGGCGUGGGCGACCGUAGCCCUGAUGCGAGCGAUCGUGUGCUCGUACAAGGCGAUUUCAGCGACCCCGAGGAGGAAGAGCUGAUCGAAGACCUCACUGGAGGACGACCCGCGCAAUUGCAAGUCCGAACGACGGGCCGCUCGAGUGGGGCGCAUACACCUGUACCCGCGACGCCCGUCUCGGGGCCGGCAUAUUCCUAUGCGCGCGAGCUGAGCAGUCCGGCUCGUGUCGUAUGGAAGGUGGUGGUCGAUCCGAGGACACGAGAAACGAUGGUAGUGCUGUGCCAGCGGAAUGGACGCAGUAUAGUGGAGGUCUGGCGGAUGGGGGCAUCCAAGGAGAAUGCUUGA